CGUCUUUCAACCUUUUUGAUAUUUUGCACGCAUACCUCUUUCUUCAACAUGGUUACCUCACCUCUGCCGUCUAGCUUAGCAGGCGAAUGCCGGAAAGCUGCUUCGAUCCUCAAUUCUUUCAUAGAUCCAGGUGAAGGACUGGAUGUUAUAAUACCACCCACCAUACUAUCCAAGGCAAAGGGAUUAGCUAUCUUUACUGUGCUUAAAGCAGGCUUCAUCUUUUCGGGGCGAGCAGGAUCAGGAUUGGUGAUUGCUAGGCUUCCUGAUGGCAGUUGGUCAGCUCCGUCUGCCAUCGGUACACUUGGAGCCGGAUUUGGAGGGCAAAUCGGUGCGGAAUUGACAGAAUUUGUCAUAGUUUUAAACACCAAAGAAGCUGUCAAGGCGUUCAGUCAGAGUGGCAACAUCACGUUGGGCGGAAAUCUGUCAGUGGCAGUAGGACCAGUCGGGCGAAAUGCGGAAGCCGCCGGAGUGGCAGCUCUCACUCAAGUUGCGGCGAUAUACAGUUAUUCCAAGACGAAAGGACUCUUCGCAGGGGUAAGCUUGGAAGGAUCGGUUAUCAUAACAAGACACCCGGAUAACGUCAAAAUGUACCGGCAGGAAGUGACAGCCAAGCAGCUACUAAAUGGAAGCAUACCACCACCUGAACAGGCGCAGGUUCUGUACAGAGCUUUAGAUGCAAAAUUCGGCGGAUCGUCCACUAUGUAUAAUGACCAACCAGUGUAUGGAGAUCAAUACGAAGAUUCCAAUUCUCGUGGUGAGCGAUUUGUUCCACGUCAGCAGUCAUAUCAAGGUACAACACCGCGCAGUGACUCAGCAUAUCCUGGAUUGGAUAAAGCACCGCGAGAAAAGAAUUCUGCUAGAGCAAUGUACGACUUUGCGGGGGAACAGAAAGGAGACCUAAGCUUUAAGAGGGGGGAUAUCAUCCAUAUCGUGAAGAGGACAUCGAGUCAAAAUGACUGGUGGACAGGUCGUAUCGGCGACCGUGAAGGAACAUUCCCCGCCAACUUUGUAGACUUAUAUUGAUAGCUUUUGCUUAUCUGUUAUUGUAACAUUCAAAGUGUGUCAUGAUGAAGUAUGUUCGUAUCAUUUGCGAUCACAAACAAAUAAGAACAUUGUCAUGUUUGUACUGCCUACCCAAUGCAACGAGAUUGGGGGG